AAGUAUUGAGUAUCGGGAAGAGAGCUGGGUCAGAGGAUCUCUGCCAAGUUCCCAAGGAGCAUCCUCCGGACUGGCAGUGCUCAAGGAGAGUUCUCAGGGUUUGGCGUUCUCACACCUCUUCUAGGCAGCAGCUCUGACUGCACCAGACAGGUACACCAUCCCAGACAGGUAUGCCUCUUCUGUACAGCAUCGUGGGCCUUGCGGGCCUUCUCCUGUGGAUGGGUCACACAGUGGGGGCCUUAAGGAUGCCCAACACCACACUGGUCCAGGGCCGACCCAAGAACAUAGCUGUGUGGCCCCUGUCUGGCCUGGGGGUGCCCCGGCACCGCCGGAAGCGUCACAUCUCUGCCAGGGAUAUGAACGCCUUGCUGGAUUAUCACAACCACAUCCGGGCCAGCGUACACCCUCCUGCUUCCAACAUGGAGUAUAUGGUUUGGGAUGAGCAGCUGGCCAGGGCUGCUGAAGCCUGGGCCACCCAAUGCAUCUGGGCCCACGGACCCUCACAGCUGACGAAGUACGUGGGCCAGAAUCUCUCUGUCCACUCCGGCCGGUACCGUUCCGUGGUAGAUCUUGUGAAGUCUUGGUCUGAGGAAAAGCGCCAUUACUCAUUCCCAGCUCCAAAGGAUUGCACCCCACACUGCCCUUGGCUGUGCAGCGGUCCUGUGUGCUCCCACUAUACCCAGAUGGUGUGGGCCUCCUCCAGUCGGCUGGGAUGCGCUAUUCACACGUGCAGCAGCAUCAAUGUGUGGGGCAGCACCUGGCAGCAGGCUGUGUACCUGGUCUGCAACUACGCCAUUAAGGGCAACUGGAUUGGGGAGGCACCUUACAAGACUGGGAAGCCAUGUUCUGCCUGCCCUCCCAGUUACCAAGGCAACUGCAACAGCAACAUGUGCUUCUCUGGGCUCAAAUCCAACAGGCUCCCAUGGGUCUGA